AUGUUGCUCGAAGAUCAACGGUUAAUCCAUGAGGAUCUAGAGCGGUUGGAGCAGGGGAUCGCUGAUCGCGUGGCUGAGGAACCGCGAAAUAUUCGCGAACGAUUGGCGCGUGAUCAUCAGAUCGCUGGGUUUUUGAACCGUAUUGAAGAGCAGUCGAGAAGACUAUUAGACAUCUACAAAGAUGCCGAGGGUCUCAGGGCGGCGGAAGUGCAGGCCAUUUCGACAGGCGACCCGUUUGAAGAAUUUUACAAGCGCCUAGAGGAGAUCAAAGACUUCCAUAAGAGGUACCCGAAUGAGCCGGUAGAGAAUCUCGAACGAGCCUACAAGCGGCGGAAUCCCCCAGAAGGCGAGCCUUUCCUUCCCGACAUCGAUUCCAUGUUCACUGGCGAGGAGGCGUACGGACAGUUCCUGGAUCUCACCCAGCUGCAUGAGGAGUAUCUGAACCUGCCGGGCGUCAAACGACUCACCUAUAUCCAAUAUAUUGACAUGUUCGAUAUCUUCACACCGCCUCAGCUCCCCAUCAAAAGGAGCAACAAGUUGUCAGACAAGUACUUUAAGUACGUUGGCGACUUGGCGGCAUAUCUGGAAAGUUUCAUCAAGCGGGUGAGGCCCUUAGAGGACCUGGACAAGCUCUUUGCUAGCUUCGAUGAAGAAUUCGAGAAACAGUGGGCCGCAAACGAGGUUCCAGGCUGGGGUGUAGAAUCUGUUCCGAAUGGCCCUGUUGGACCGAAAACCGAAGGGACUGGACAAGGGAUCUGGUGUGCAGAUUGUGAAAAGGAAUUCUUGAAUGAGAAUGUCUACAAAAGCCAUCUUAACGGCAAGAAGCACAUCCGUGCCGCAGAAGCUAAGAAGGCCAACGGAACUUCUCAGACUGCUCUUACAAAGCCUGUAUCUGCUGUCGAUGCUUCACUGAAGUCGCUGAAAGAACGGGCAGUCGCCGAACGUGAGCAUCGGAUCCGAUCACUGGCGAAAGCGCUUCAGUCGGAGCGUCAAGCCACACGAGUCAAUGUCGAGCGGAAGCAGGGUAUGACGGAGCGAGAGCGCCAAAUGGAGAUCGAGGCUCUGAUGGCGGAGGAACCCUCAGCAGGGGGUCGCCGUGACGAUGAAUCGGAGAGUGAGGGAGAAGAGAAGAUCUACAAUCCGCUUAAGUUGCCGCUUGCCUGGGACGGCAAGCCCAUUCCAUACUGGCUCUACAAAUUGCACGGGUUGGGCGUGGAGUUCCCCUGUGAGAUCUGCGGUAAUUUCGUGUAUAUGGGUCGCCGCGCUUUUGACAAACAUUUCGGAGAAGCAAGGCACAUCUACGGUUUGCGGUGUCUGGGAAUCACCUCGCAAACCAACCUGUUCCGCGAAAUUACCAAGAUCGAUGAUGCCAUCAGACUGUGGGAGAAGCUCGAGAACGACCGCAAAAAGGAAAGAGAAGAACGCGAAAAUGUGGUACAGAUGGAGGAUGCCGAGGGUAAUGUCAUGCCAGAGAGGAUUUAUAACGAUCUGGUGGCAGUUCCUUCUGUACUUCAGCCAUUGGCGUCGUCAGUACGCAUUGGAGUAUCAACAUCUAAUCAUGCUCACCCUGCUAUAUGUGACUGUUCGAGAUCAAGCGAUGGGAUGGGUUUCAACUUCUCCUACUUGUGCGAUCUUCUCUCCAGUCUCGAGGAUAAUCAAUAUUUGAAAGCUUCGACUGCCGCAAGGACCAGCGAUCCAGAUAUUCGUACCGUGUCUAAUUGGUUUCGUAACCAUUCAAAGCGGAUCCAUGCUCACGAUACAGAUCUGCUGGCCUUCCUCUCCUGCCUCUUUCCCGAAAGGCGAACGGACCGUGUCUACUGGUUGCAGCAUGCCUCUCUGGCCAGAGUAAUCGCUCGUUGCCUACUUCUGGGUGUCUCCAGAAGGGAAGAGCUUGACCGUUGGCGACAAAGUGGGGGAGAAGACCUGGGUCAAUGUGUCGAAAAUGUAAUGCGCCAAGCGGAGAACCAAAUUCUCCCCGGCCAGGAGGUCACAGUAGAAGAGAUUGAUGAUGCACUCAAUCGAAUCGCAUCUCGAUGUCGAUUUUCUGGCCCUCGAGUUCGCAGACAGCAUACCGCCGUCGACGUUGAUGAGGCCCUUGGAUCCCUAUACCGAAGGUUGAACGGUCGGGACGCAAAAUGGCUCACUCGGAUGAUAUUGAAGUCAUACUACCCGGUUGUGCUGCCUGUCGAUUUUGUGCUGAGGAACGUCCAUUUUCUCCUUCCGCAUCUGCUCCUCUUUCAGGACUCGUUGGAGGCAGCCGUGAAUUUGCUGAAAGGAACUCCCUUGAGGCUCUUUCCACCACGUGCACAGCCAGACGUGGUGAAGAUCCUCAAUGAAAAAGCUCUUGAACACCUGGCCCCGCGAGUUGGCAUCAAGAUAGGGCGUCCAGAGUUCUAUAAGGCUAGGAGUAUCAAGCAUUGCUGCAAGAUGAUAGGACGACGCCGGAUGAGUCUCGAAAGGAAGUACGACGGAGAGUAUUGCCAGAUACACAUCGAUCUGUCGAAUCCACAAAACUUUAUUCGCAUCUUCUCCAAAAGUGGCAAAGACUCCACUGCUGAUAGGGCGGGCAUCCAUAGUAUCAUAAAACAGUGUCUUAGAAUCGGGGAGCCUGAUUGCAAGUUCUCGCGUCACUGCAUUUUGGAGGGCGAGAUGCUCGUAUGGAGCGAUAAGGAUGGACGGAUCCUCGAGUUCCAUAAGUUGCGCAAGUUCAUAACCCGAUCUGGUGUAUUUAUUGGGGCGGAUUAUGAUUCUCAACCAAAACCGUAUGAACAUCUGAUGAUAAUGUUUUUCGACAUCCUCCUGCUGGAUGACAAUGUCUGCCUGUCCCAGCCACACAGAAAUCGUCGCCUAUUGCUGAAGGACACAAUCAAGGUAAUACCUGGACGUGCUGAUAUCGCUGAACAAGAGAUCAUUGAUUUUUCACGUCCUGAUGGUCAAGAACGACUUCGAAGGGCCUUUUCUAGAAGUAUUGCUGAGCGAUGGGAGGGAUACGUCUUGAAAGCAUGCGACGAACCGUACUUCGCCAUCCUCUCAUCAGACACGGAUGACGGAUUUUGCCGUUGGAUUAAGCUCAAGAAAGACUACAUUCCUGGUCUAGGUGACACUGCUGACUUUGCUCUCAUUGGCGCAAGAUAUGAGUCCAGGGAUGCUGCGGCCUUGAAGCACAUUAGAAAUCUGUCUUGGACACACUUUUAUAUUGGCUGCCUGGAGAAUAAGAGUGCUGUAAAGCAAUUCAGUGCGAGACCAAAGUUUCGAAUUGUCGAUGUGAUCGGCCGUCAAAGUCUGAAUGCAACGGACAUGCAAGUUCUGAAUCACUGGGGUCAGUUCUAUGCAUGCGAUCCAGAUUACAACUCCACGUUUGAGAUACACACUAUCCACACAGAGCUGUCAAACAUGGACGUUGUCUUUAAGACGCCAUUUGUGGUGGAGGUGUUAGGAAGUGGGUUUGACAAACUAUCGAACACACAGUAUUUCACACUGCGUUUUCCACGCGUCUUGAAGAUCCAUUGGGAUCGAACAUAUGAAGAAACAAUCUCUUUCUCAGAGUUGCAGGAUCUAGCAGAGAAGGCUCGUUCUGUAUCUGCAGAAGAGCUAUCACAGGAAGAUGCAUUCUGGUCUGAACGGAUCAAAGCAGUGGAUGGGAAAUCAGAUUAUAUCGUGGAUAAAUCCCAGAGCAGCGCUACGACUAGCCCUAGAUCUACAUCAACAAUGCUAUCUCCGCAAUCAGGGCAGAAAACAGUCGGAUCAAAUGUUCCUCCGCCUCUGCCUGCCACAGAAGUUAUAUCACAUGUCCAGGUACCUGCUAUCAAACAGCAUAAACAGCACUCACAACACUCUCUUGAUGAUGCAACGCGACGCGCCACAAAGCGACGCGUCUCAUCACAUAAAGGGGAUGUUGUUGUCCCACGGUUGUGCAAGAAACCCAAGGUCUUCACCAUACCCACAGGUGCCAUUCCAAUCUUCAUCGAUAGCACCCAGGCAACAUCACCAACUCCACAAGACCUUGACGACUCGAGCCGCUUCUUGAAAGAUCUUGGCGGCAAUAUGUCGUCUCAACAGAGCGGUGCUGUGCCAAAUGAAAUGAGUACAAUCAAUCCUAGUUCAGUCUCCUCUGUCCAAGAUGAAAACCAGGUCAAGGAUGUUCAUAGAAAAGAGGACUCGGUCCCAGAGAAAGCACCUCCGGUCCAAGAGAAAGCACCUAUCGAAACUGAGGCCGUCAUGUCCUUGGGAUCUGACGAGCAGGAGGAAACAGUGAUCGCAGAGGAACGCUCGUCAAAUGAAAAUAUCGAAUCGAGUCAAGCAACCUCGACGUUUCCUGAAGAACAAAAGCAUCCAGAGAUCGACCUCCAGUCGCCUCUCGUGACUCUUCCGGUGUACUGUGGAAAGUUCUUCUUUGCCAACCCUCGUCAGAUCGAGAAUAUCUUCCGCGGACAUGCCCGGGAAUUUACAUUUGCUGUCUGCCACUUCGUCGAGUCACUUGGGUUUCCUCGUUACAGGGAUGCACUCAUGAACUCAAACCCCGACGCUGUGGCCAAGGAUAUUGCCCUUGGCAUUGUCCUGGUCGACUCUCGAGCCAAGGUCAGUGUUGUCGCCAAGGAAAUCUUUGAAGUGGGCAACGAAGUCGCGAACACCAUCAAGUCCGGCUGGCCAGAGCUCCCAUCCAAGGGCAAAAUCUUCUUCCUGAACUGGCACAUCCUGCAAGCCGGGACCGGCGUCGAAGACCGCAACUGGUGUCUGAAAUCUCGCUGGGCGGAAGUCGCUAAGAGCUGUUUCCAGGCCUGCAUCUCUUGGGGCUACGGACUGCCGGCAGAUGUCGCAGAGCGGAGGAAGAUCGAAGCAAGCCGAGUCCGUCUGGAUGACGAGGACCGUGACCGGCUAGUCGGCACCGAUGUGAUCACUCUUUGGGAUUACAAGGAGCUGGAGAUUCUGGGCGAAUUCGUUUCGAUCGAGCCUCUGAUUCACGUUUCGGGGAAGAAAUACGAGGAUACUCGGUUCUACACUUGA